ACCUAACACACUCAGUAACACACACACUCACGCCGACACACACAGUGACUCACAGUCUCCCACACCUCCAGCUUUGCACACAGAGCGGGACGACACACACACACCCCAAGCAAACACACACACACACACACACACAGAGCGGGCCAACACACACACUCCCCCCACACACUCUGCUGCCCCCCCCACUCCAAAGCCACGCACCCUGAAGCUGCUGAUUGGCCAGGACGCCGACGUGCGUUUGGUGCAGCAGGCCAACACACACACACACACGUCCAGCUCAGAGGAGUAUGGUGACCCCCUGGAGGAGCUGGACCCAACACACACACACUCACACACACACACCCCUCCCUCUUCUCAUGCCAGUAGCCGUGGUGACGACGCAGACAGCACCGUGGUAAUGCGGGGCGAGGGUUCCGAUGACUCCGCCCCCUCUGAGGAGUUCUAUGACUGUGACACUCCAGGCGCCUCAGGUUGUCAUGGCAACCCCACCGGAGGCGGUUACCGUGACAACCCACCUCACCAGGGCCUCAACCUCAUGGCUCGAAUCUCCCAGUCCAUGCUAGAGCUGAGGGAGCCUCCUGCACAACAGCCCUUCAAGUUUUCCUCCAAGUCUCCUUCCAGAGAGGCUCAUGGGAGAGUGGGCGGGGCAAAGGUGGUUAUUGCCAAGCCUGGGGGCUUUCCUGGUCCCUCCCCCCGGCGUGUGAUUGGAGGAGCCUCCUCUCCCCGGCGUAUGAUUGGAGGAGCCCGCUACUGGCAGGACCGCCUUUCCACCGGCCGCCUUGCCUCUUCCCCAUCACGCGCUCCCGCCGAACCACACACACACACACGACAUGGCCGCUCCCCUCGAAGGCAGAGCCUCCCGAGCGCACACACACACACACACACAAGCAGCUCGUCAGCACAGCGCUACCAGCCACACACACACACACACUCACCAUCUCCAUUGCGCACGCACACACUCUCUCGCACACGCACAUCACCCCGUGGACAGGUUCACACACACACACUGGCUGGCUCGCCAACUGCCCGUUACACCUCUUCACCCUCCUCCGCACACACAUCCAACCCCCCCGCAAACCCUCGCGGGACCAAAACCGCCCUUCACACCUCUUCACCCUCCCGUGUGCAGACGUCCAACCCACUGGGCCUCCCGCCCGCAAAGCCCCUCGGGACCAAAACCAAAUGCCCAGGUGGCGUUGCGAAGGGAAACACUUCACGGAAGAAAUAAGAGUCCAGUUAGCCAAAAUAUUACAAGAUGACAUCAACUGCACAAAGCAUCAACUUCUGACAUCCAACUGGCUAGUUAGCUAAAAGAUCAUUAACAUUGAUAGGCCUGUCACAAUAACUAUUGUUGCUACACGAUGUAUUGUUCCAGAAAGUAUUGCGUUAUUAUUAUUGUAUUGAUAUUAAGUAAUGAUAUUAUUGUAAUUUUAGACUAUUUUAUACUAAGCCCACAAUCAUGCAGACCAUCCACCUGCAACUGUAGCUUUUAGUCCCAGAUCAGACUUCUAUCUGCAGAAGCACACUAAGGCCUUUAGGUUAUCCGUUGCUCUCUCAGGCCUUUAGGUUAGCCGUUAGCCGUUGUUCUCUCAGGCCUAAGUUAGCAACGGCUAACCUAAAGGCCUGAAUGUACGGCUAACCUAAAGGCCUGAGAUAGCAACGGCUAACCUAAAGGCCUGAAUGUACGGCUAACCUAUAGGCCUGAAUGUACGGCUAACCUAAAGGCCUGAGAUAGCAACGGCUAACGGCUAACCUAAAAGCCUGAGAGAGCAACGGCUAACGGCUAACCUAAAAGCCGUUAGCCGUUGCUAUCUCAGGCCUUUAGGUUAGCCGUUGCUAUCUCAGGCCUUUAGGUUAGCCGUUGAUAACAUAAUUAUCGUUACAGGCCUAAACAUUGGCUGCAGAUACAGCAGUUAAAGCACUAAGGGAUUAAAUGCUAACAUCAGUUGCAGGGGGUGCAGCUAGCGAGCCAAAAUAUUACAUGCUAACCUGAACUACAGGGACUACUGCUAUCAUGCUAAAGGAUUACAUGCUAACAUGAACUAUAGGGCCUGCAGUUAGCAUGCUAAAGGAUUACAUGCUAACAUGAGCUACAGAGACUGCCUAAUGUGCUUAAGGAUGACGUGUUAACAGAGACUGCUUAAUGUGCUUAAGGAUGACGUGCUAAUGUGUUUAAGGAUGACGUGCUAAUGUGCUUAAGGAUGACGUGCUAACAGAGACUAAGUGGUGGUGGUGAUGUUGAUCUGCUGUACCAGUCUUUCUUUGUGGAGGAGUUUGUAUUUCUAACAGAAUUCACUGGGUUCUCAGUUGGUGAUGGUAAUAAAGCAGUAACAUAUAGUAAUGCUAUGGUGUUCAGGAAAUGACAUCACAUUUAUAGUAAUGGUGCAUUCAUGGCACCUGGGAAUGAUAAUGACCACCCCUGUGAUUACGUCCGAGUGUUCAUGUCUUUGACGUCGGAAUGUGUGACAAACAUGGAUGCCACAACAAAGGUUAAAACAAAUACUCACUAAUUCUAAAUAAACAACUGUAAAAAUAUAGCGUAAGAUGCUUGUGAAAGAAAGAUAUGCAGCUUUCA